GAACCGAUCAGUUCUCUCCGAGACUUGAUCGCGUGCGCAACGUUUGAUCACGGCCGGUCUUCCUUCGAUCGUAUUCGCGGCGUGCCGAGAGUUACUCUUCGCUCGUUUUCACCUGUGUGUGCGAGAGUGUGAGCUCAACUAAACCAACAACUGCACUGCAUUCAGCGACAGUGUUUGUACUUAAUUGCGCAGUCUCUUGUUCCAAGAAGCGUGACUUUUGUAGGGAAGGAGACAGCAGUGCAAGAUCGCAUAGAUCACACCGCAAUUUGGAAGCAAUUCGUGUUUCGAUCCGGGUUCGUCGCUUGAUUCCCAAUCAGAGCCAAAUCACUUUCGUGUGGGGGAUAAGAUUUUGUGCGUUUUGAGUUAGGAGGCAGUGGUUAUGUGAAUCAAUUCCAGCGCAAGAGAUUCGAGUCGAGUGUUUGUGAUUGCUAAUUGAACAAGUGUUUUCGCCUCUUCGCCACUAUUUAACUGGCGUUUGAUUUUGUUUUCAUCGGUGAGAGGCGUUCGAUGUUUGAUUUUUGUUUGACGGCGACUUCCAAUUAGUGGAUACCCGUGUUGAUUGAGUGGCAAAAAUUCUUUUCCGGCUGGCGUUUUUUAACGAUCGGUGGAUGCUCGGCGGUGUGUUGCAAAGUGCGAGCAAUCCGACCUUUAGAACCGGUGUCUACAGCUUGGCUGCGUAGUGUUAGUACGAAGUGUGAUUAAGUCUAGGAAGUGAGCAGAGAACGUCAAGACCGGCUUUGGAGUGGUGUUUUGCUGUUGGUUGUGGUGUUAUACAUCCGUUAAAGGCGAGAUUGUUGGCGACUGAGUGAGUGAUCGAUUAGCGCAGCUGUGGCCUUUCCCGUCGUAAAAGAAUGUCGGUGGCAUAGUGUGUAGAGUGAUAAGAGUUGAAAAGAGCACUUACGUAAGCUAUAGGUCGGAAUUGUGGAAAACAAGCUGAUGAGCGUAUUUCAGCAGGAGUGUGUGGAAGCUUGAGGUAAAUAACGUGACUAACAGAGAACGAGUGACCGGGUUGAAGGCGUUCCUGUGUUUUCGGUGAAUUCGACAACAUUAGGUUUCAUCGGCUGAUAUUCAACAAACACGCAUUACUUUUGGCAGUUCGACAGAAAAAUAAAAUCUAUAAACGCAUCACUGAGGGUCGGUUCCUUAUCACGCGAGACUUCACACAGCAUAUCGGGGUCGUCCAAUCCCGCAGUGAGAUGUGUCGAUGAGAAUUCAUCACAGCAGCAGCAGUGGCACGUGAUUUCUUGCACUGCAGAUUGGACCGGAUUCAGUUUCGUUAGACGAAUUUUUCGUAGGAUUGAAGGUCAAGUCGACACUUAUCGUCCCAGAAAAGGUCCGAUGAGGUGGAACAUCUUUUAAUUGAGAGGUUCAUCCAGUUACUGAAGCCCUCAAUUUGGACUCUCCAAGAUCAUCUACUGCAGCAACGAUCUCGUUUCCCCGCCAAUCGAGAGCAGCUCCUCCAGAAUUUGGACCUCGAGGCAGACACGCGCGUGGGACUAUGUGAAUGAGUAGCCUUCUUUGAAGGAAAAACGUAUCUGAUCCGGUGCCAGGGCCUCACGCGAAGCAUUGAUCAUGAUCAUGAAGAUCAAAGCUCUGAAUAGCUGAACGAACGACGAAAAACUUCCACCGGCCAAGGAGAACCGUCCAACCGAGUCGGCAACCGUGUAAUUACUAGCGUUUAACGACCAACACCUCUCACCCACGUCGCCCUCUACUUUAAGUCGGAUCUCAGCUAGGAAAAAAAAUCCGAAAAAAUGUUGAAAAAUAUCCACGAGCGAACCGUCAAAAAGGUGAAGGGCAAUCAUUACGUUGCCAGCCAUGGUGGUCGCGACACCGUAGAUCUCCCGUACGCUCAGGCCAACCGAGGGUACUCCACAGACGGCGAGGACAGUCAACGGGCCCCAUCGGAUCGCACUGUCUCGGAAUACACGGUAGCCAACGAGCGGGCAACACCCCCAACGGCACCGUCUCGCAAAUCUCGCUCGGACACCAAGUACCAGCAGAACGGAACCACUAAUGGUGGUCCACGACCUCUCUCUAGUCCACCGACACGUGCUCCGCCACGUGCACCCUCCGCUUUGAGCUACGAUCAUGGCGGCGAAACCGGAAGCGAUAUCUACGUCACAUCGGCCGCUUACAAAGCUCCCUCGGAAAUUAGCCGCUACAGCGCUCAUCGGAAUCACCACAACACCUCGCGUGGUCCUCGAAGUGUGUACAGUGUUGCCAGCACAGCCAAAACGGGUCGCAGCUCGCGGCGUCACGGUGCCAAGGUCGAAGCGAUGUCCGCCCCGAAUCCAUUCUGUCCCAAUGUCAAAGGCGUCUGCUGUUUGAUGCUUCUUUUGAACUUGGGACUGAUUCUGGUUACGCUGGGUUUCGUGAUAGUGAUGCAGUUCAUGGAACCGCUGUUUGUAUGGAUACUGGGCGUGGUGUUCUUGGUGUUUGGCUUCGCAACCCUUAUCGGCAGCAUGAUCUACUGCGUGAUCGUGUGUCGGGACGCGAAAACUCCGGAACAGUUGCGCAAUGAGGAUCUCUACUGGACCAAACACUGGCAGAAGAGCAUUGGUUACACGCCGCACGAGAUCGACUACAAAACCGAUCGGUUCGACGAGCGGGAUCGGUACUCGGAUCGCUUCUCGGUGGGUAAAAUGAGCGGGAAGUACUCCGAUCGGGAGAUUACCCGAUACUGAAGAGAUGCAGAAUCCGAUAGCGCACAACGAACAAGGAAUGUAACCAGUGUAACUGAAACGAACGUUACUAAUAAGAUUUAAUUUAAACGAUUUCGCUAGCUAAGUUGAUUCAGUCUAAUACUAGAACCUGAUACAGUCUGUAGAGAAUAAUGAUUUCCACAGGAGCGUCGAGCGCGGAGUGGGAACUUUUACGAACUAAGUUAACAAAAUACGAAGCAAUAAUAACAGAUAUGAAUGAUGAACAGUUAAACGGAUACACAUUAUUGAAGUAAUGGAAUAAUUGUUUUAAAUGUUGUAACAAACGAUUAAUGUACAUAUUAAUGGAAGUGAAUAAGAGAAGAUGCAGAUAUAACUACUUUUAUGUAACAAAAAUAAAAUAAUGAACGAAUGUUAA